AGCUGCCUGGGAUGCUGUGUGCCCGUGGCUCCUGGCACUGUGGGAUAUGGGGCAGCCCGGACCCCUCCUGCUGUUCCAUCAGCAGCGCCCAUCAUCCCUGCAGGGUUUGGGGUCUUUGGGAUGGCUCCGUGUUUGUGGUACCCACACGUUCCUGGGAUAUGUGGUGCUUUGGGAAUGCUUCACAGCUGGCAGUGUUGGAGGAAAGCUGUCCUGUCUCGGGGGAGUCCCUGCUGGGAAGGGUUACCCCAGAAAGGGCAUUGCUGGUGCUCACUCCUCCACCAGGAUUGCUUUGGCUGUUUGGGUGAUGCGAUGCGGUGUCUCAUUUGGAUCUGAUCGCAGACAAUGGGGCUGGAGGGGACAUGGGGGAAGGUGAGAGCUCAUCUCCCAGCAUCAAGCACAGCUGAAGCAGCUCCAGGUCUUCGGUCUGAGCACAUCUGAGAUCUCAGCUCUGUUCCUGAGGGCCGGUGUGGCCAGUGGAUGCUUUAUGGCUUUAUUGUUUGGCCGGGAUGUUGGGCAAGGCCCUGGAGCAGCAAAGGCACGGCUCUCCUCACCUGGCUGCCCCACAUGGAGCUGUCACAGGGUGAUGGAAUGGGGCUGGAGUCACUGCGAGACCAAACCACAUCUCUGCCACCCCCAGUCCUGUGCUGCCUUUCCAGCUUGGAGCCAUGGACACCGCCGUCUGCCCGUCGCAGCCCUGCAGGAUUUAGCAUCAGGCACCUGGAAUGGAUUAAACAGAGCUAGAACACAUCUCCAAGCGCCGUUGUUUAUCCAGCGAGCGUUGCUUUGGGGUAGGAACUGUGCUUUGUGGCAUCGCUGUGGUGCAUCGGAGCUUCCCACGAUGCUUUUGGAGAAGCAACGCCCCAAAACUACGGUGUGGGACAGCACACAGCCCUGCUCUGACCCAGCACCUCAUGGACAUCUGGGACUGAUGUGACCACAAGGCUGUCGCUCCAUGGGUGCGCAUGGAGCAGGAGCAGCACAUGGUGAUGGCCUGGGAGCUGCAUGCCCUGCGCUGGGCUGAGCACCACAGUGCUGUCCCAUUUGGAGCAAUGCAGCAGCAAGCAGAGCGCUUUGCAGGGCAGGGAAAGGUGCAGCUCAGUUAGGCUCCUGGGAGCUGUCACGUUUUGCAAUGCAAAUGGUUUUCUCUUUGCAGCGAGCCCUCAUGCAAAUCCCUUGCUUUUGGUGCAUUUUCUGGUUCUGCACCUGGCACGGCCCUUCCUACCUGCAUGGAGGCAGCGGGUGCUCCGAAGUGGAGCAGCAGCAGGGGGAUGGCUGUGCUUUGUCUGUUGCAGCACAGUGGGAAUCCUCGGGUGCUCACAGGACGUUCCUGUGGAUAUUGUAACAAUCCCGCGUGAUCGUAAUUAAAGCUGGCAGUUGGGAAAGGAUAUUAAACCUUCUGCAUCCAAGCUGACGCUGAGCAAUUUGAGAGCAGAAUGGGACCCCAUGGGGGAAUUGGAUUAAGCUGCUUGGUCUUCCCAUGGGCUGUCUGUGCGUCCCACUGAAGCUGCUGGCCCACGGAUCUCUUCCCACGUGGAAGUUUGCAGAGUCCUCCGUGGGAGCGUGAUGGUGGCACCUCGGGGCAUUCAGCAUCCGACAGAGCAGAGCAACCCCUUUGCAAGGGCUGCUUCCCAGUAUGGGGCUCCAGGCAGCAGGAGGAGACGUGACGAGGAGGUGCCAGCUUGAAGCCCGACGUGUGAGCAGUGCCCAUGCCCCAUUGCUUGCCAGCUGGAUGCCGUCCCCUCUGCAUGCUGACGAUGCCCCGCGCGCCCCGGUGACCACUCAGACGGGGACAGCACCCGUCUGCAGCUCGGCUGGCGGCCAUUCCCAUUUCUCCGAGCACAGCCCAGCCCAGCAUUCAAAAUAGAGUCCCUCAAGGUGACGGUCGACUUCCUGAAGGUGCCCCUUGGCCUGAAGAAGCCCCCUCUGAAGGAGGCCGUGGCCAUCCCGGGGUCAGGCAAAGCCAAGCCCCCCGGCGUGGAGCGGCACAAACCCCGGCGUGCCGACAGCAUGGACAAUGAGUCGCAGUACUCGGGCUACUCCUAUAAAUCCGGGCACUCCCGCAGCUCCCGCAAGCACAGGGACCGAAGGGAUCGGCACCGCUCCAAGAGCCGGGAUGGGAGCCGUGGGGACAAGUCAGUGACCAUCCAAGCACCAGGAGAGCCUCUGCUGGACAACGAAUCGACCCGGGGGGAUGAGAGGGAUGACAACUGGGGCGAGACCACCACGGUGGUGACGGGGACGUCGGAGCACAGCAUCUCACACGAUGACAUCACACGCAUCACCAAGGACAUGGAGGACAGCGCGCACCUGGACUGCUCACGGCACUUGGGCGUCGCGCUGGCCGGGGCGUUGGCUCUGCUCGCCUUCCUCACCCCUCUUGCCUUCAUGCUGCUGCCCCAGCUGCUGUGGCGGGAGGAGCUGGAGCCCUGUGGGACGCCCUGCGAGGGGCUUUUCAUCUCGGUGGCCUUCAAACUCCUCAUCCUCCUGCUGGGCAGCUGGGCGCUCUUCUUUCGCCACCCCAAGGCCUUUUUCCCGCGCGUCUUCGUCUUCCGUGCGCUGCUCAUGGUGCUCGUCUUCCUCCUGGUCGUCUCCUACUGGCUCUUCUACGGCGUGCGCAUCCUGGACUCGCGGGACCGCAAUUACCAGGGCAUCGUGCAGUACGCUGUCUCGCUGGUGGACGCGUUGCUCUUCGUGCACUACCUGGCCGUGGUGUUGCUCGAGCUGCGCCAGCUCCAGCCCCAGUUCACGCUCAAGGCCGUGCGCUCCACCGACGGGGCCAGCCGCUUCUACAACGUCGGGCACCUCAGCAUCCAACGAGCAGCCAUCUGGAUCCUGGAGAACUAUUACCACGAUUUCCCAGUCUACAAUCCUGCCCUCCUCAACCUGCCAAAAUCCGUCCUGUCCAAGAAAAUGUCCGGGUUUAAAGUCUAUUCCCUCGGCGAGGAAAAUACCACCAACAACUCCACGGGGCAGUCCCGGGCCGUCAUCGCUGCGGCUGCCCGCCGGCGUGACAACAGUCAUAAUGAGUACUACUAUGAGGAGGCAGAGCAUGAGCGCAGGGUGCGGAAACGCCGCGCCAGGCUGGUGGUGGCAGUGGAAGAGGCUUUCACCCACAUCAAGCGUCUGCAGGACGAGGACCAGAAGAACCCACGGGAGAUCAUGGACCCACGGGAGGCAGCCCAGGCCAUUUUCGCCUCCAUGGCACGGGCCAUGCAGAAGUACCUGCGCACCACCAAGCAGCAGCCCUACCACACCAUGGAGAGCAUCCUGCAGCACCUUGAGUUCUGCAUCACCCACGACAUGACACCCAAGGCGUUCCUGGAGCGGUACCUGAGCGCCGGGCCCACUAUCCAGUACCACAAGGACCGCUGGCUGGCCAAGCAGUGGACGCUGGUCAGCGAGGAGCCAGUGACCAACGGUCUGAAGGACGGGGUGGUUUUCGUGCUGAAGCGCCACGACUUCAGCCUGGUGAUCAGCGCCAAGAAGAUCCCUUUUUUCAAGCUCUCGGAGGAGUUUGUGGACCCCAAGUCGCACAAGUUCGUCAUGAGGCUGCAGUCUGAGACCUCCGUGUGAGCACACAGAGCGCUGCAGGGGCUCCAGGGUGGCCUGGGUCGUGCAGGUCCCUGAGCACCAAGCCCCAUCCCUGGCACGAGGCCGCUCGGUGCCCAUCCCCACGCUCCCACACCCAGCUCCUCGCAGCCAUCCCCAGGAGGCACUGCCAGCACAGCACAGUGUCACAGCCAGACGGGCAGCAUCUCAGUGCCAUCCCCCCAAGGGCUGACCUUUGGCUGAGUUCUCUGCACCAGCAGCCUCGCUCGUGGCCAGGUCUGAAGCAUCUCCUGCGUCUUCCUCUUCUGCUGCGACCGCUGCGUCUCCGGUCUUAAAGCACCACCUGUGUCUGGGCUGGUUGGUAAUAACGACACUUUGGGAGUGUUUUGCAAACCCCUGUGAUCUGAGGCUGCUAUGGAACCAUCUCUCUGCCCCGUGGCCGGGGCAGACCCCACAGGCACGGUGCUGCUGCCAUGGGAGACCCUCAGCUCCCCACUGCUUUGGGCAUGGAGCUCCUCACAGAAGCAGGAGGUCUGACGAUGAAGCUGAGAAACAUCCCAGCGCUGUGGGUACCCCAGCCCACCUCCAUCUCCCAGCACACCCCUCACAUAGGGCCGUUACCCCCAUUCCAACGUGUGCUGGCUGCCAGAACCACAGAAUCACUGAGAUUGGAGAAGAUCAUGGAGUCCACCCGUCCAUCAUCACCACCAACAGGGCCGGUGAAGGGCUGUGGGAUUUGGGGCGCAGCACCCCAUGGCUUGCAGUGGGACAAGCCCAAAGUUACCCCCAGGCCUUGGUGCUUGCCCCAAAGGGCUUCUUCAUGGGGACCGUGCUCUGUGGGCUCCUCGGCUCCUGUCCCAUGGAGGUGGUGAUGAGGUGACCCCCAGGGGUGCGGGGCAGGGGGACCCCAAUGCUCAGGGCUGCACCACAGCUUCUGCCUUCCCUCAGCUGUGUGAGGGCUGCCAAUACCUCAUGGGGGUUUCCUGUAUUUAUCCAUUUUUGUCAUGCUGGGGGUCACCCCAAGCCAGGUUUGGGCAUCUUUGGCCCUGAGAGCUACCAAACCUCAUCACUGUGACACACAACAUCCCCCCCUAUCCGAGGGGCUGGGGGCUUCCCAGUAAGCACCAGUAGCAGAAAACAGAUCCAAGUGGAUUUCAAGGGCUUUCCCAGCACAAAAUGGGUGGGAUGUAGCGUGUGUAUGGGGAAGGGGGGGGGGGACUGUCCCAAAUUCCCAGGGAUUUUUCUGGAAAUCUCUUCUAUUUUCCAGACUUUCUGUGGCUUUGUGACUCCGCUCAGCCCUGUGCAGCUUCCAGUCCCGUUUACACACGCAGCCCUUUGGGGUUGGUGCCGCCAGGAGCCCAAUUUGGGGUUGUUUUACUGCAAAAAAAAAGAGAAAAGGAAAAAGAAUUCAGUGAGCAAGAGCAGAUGUGGAGGCCUUGGGAA